AUGGGUUCCGCAGGCACAAUGCAGCAGCGAGAUCGGCGUCUGAUCCAGUCAUCCAUCGUCGCUUUGCCCGGAUGUCGUGAUCGCUUCGGCUCACCAUUGUUAUUUAUAAGUCCUCCGGAGAAUGAUGCACAAUCCGGCACUGAAGGAGUUGCUACUGCUGCUGCUGCUGCUGCUCCGAGCUAUGAGGAACUGGUGUCAGUGAUCAGUUACUUGGCUCAAAUCCCGGAUGAACGUGCGCGUAGACUCGGAUUCACGGUGCUGAUCGAUGGACGCAGAGCUCCUUUGAAGCACGUGCGCAAUGCACUGCGAGCGUGCCAGCAAGCAUUAUAUCGGCAAAUUCGAUUGGUACUCAUCGUUCAGCCGGAAAAAUUCCUCUACCAACAGAAGCUUAAUUUUGAGUUAAUCAAAGAAGCAUAUCAGUUCAAGAGCACACUCAUCUCGAUACAUAAGUUAUCGCGUUUCGUAGACGUCACGCAGUUGCCGGAUAUUUUCGGUGGAACUUUCCAGUACGAGCCAAAUUCCUGGAUACGUCUUAGAGAAAACUUCGUCACGAAAGCAAAUAACUGGAUUCAGAGCCGUAGAAAGCAUGAGAAGUUGGCCGGUGCGACGACUUCGGAUGAAAGCAAUGAUAGCGCUGAUGAACGGAGGGCUUCUGAAUUGAACGAACUUCUGAAAAUGGGCACUGAUGGGGUUGCUACUGCUACUGCUGCUGCUGCUCCGAGCUAUGAGGAACUGGUGUCAGUGAUCAGUUAUUUGGCUCAAAUCCCGGAUGAACGUGCGCGUAGACUCGGAUUCACGGUGCUGAUCGAUGGACGCCGAGCUCCUUUGAAACACGUGCGCAAUGCAUUGCGAGCGUGCCAGCAAGCAUUGUAUCGGCAAAUCCGAUUGGUACUCAUCGUUCAACCGGAGAAAUUUCUUUACCAACAGAAGCUGAAUUUUGAGUUAAUCAAAGAAGCAUAUCAGUUUAAGGUUAUUACUUAA